AUGGACGCGGUUGAACCUACCCCCUCUGGAGUGAACACUUCGACGCAGCUUCAUAAAUUAUCUGGCGUCGAUCCCGAAAAUGAUACCCUUUUACAUCUGUGCUCUUCCUCGAGUGAGCGCCCAACGUUCUGCACUAGGACUCUUCUGCUGAAGAUCCACUGUAUUGUUGGCAUGCCCUCGGCAAUGGCGCAGAUCGACCCUAUGGAGGGGUAUUUUGAGCUGGUAAUUCAGCCCAAGUGUAAGUAUUAUUCGAAUGGCCACCGAUUGAUGUCGCGUGAGCUCACCAAGCAGGUGAUUGGGUUUUCACCGUCCUCCAUUAGUGUAUGCCGUGAUCGGUGCACGGUAGACUUUGAUAGCUUGUACAAUCUCAACGACUCUAGUCCGGCGGGUGGGAGGGACAUCGUGGAUCAUAGUAUGAGCCUUUUUGAAUGCAGUAGUACUCAAAUUGGUGAUAAAGACCCUCCCGGGGUGAGUUAUUCGGGUGGGGACCCUAGUGCCCAUCAGUCCCCAUCCAAGGAUGCCCCCAAUCAUUUUCUUCUCCAAUUCCCAACCCGCGAGGAUCUCAAGGUCAUUAUUGACGUCUGCAUUGGGAUGCGCCAGGUCCACACCCAAUUUCUCUCUUCCCGUUGGCUUACCCCAACGAUUGAGGGGGAGAUGAGUAAUAUCGAUCUCUUUUCGAUGUUUUUAGUAUCCGACGGGGAGGUGGCGCGGCAUAAAAUUGUCUGCCGCUCCGUCGGCUUCCAACUCGGCCACGUCUCCUGCACCGUUUCCCUGCCAAAUGUGCAAAACGACUUAACACAGCUUUCCAAUCGUGAGCACUUUAUUCCUGCCGCGUCUCGGCGAUUGGAGCAUGACGUCCAGAUGCUGAAUCUGCUCUAUCCUAGCCGAUCGGGACGGCUGUUUGCGCAGCAGACGACGAGGGCGUUGUUUUCCCAGCGUCUUUCACGCGGGGAAUCGGAGUUGGUGAUCUAUAAAACACUUCUUCAUCAGUACGCUCCGAAUUUCUACCUAUCCCGCGUGCAGGAUAUUCUUUGCACCUACCCGCCAAAAUCGCACAACGCCAAAUGGGUGCGCAAUUCGACCGCCGAGGGUCUCUUGAAGGAGUUUAAAAGUCGUGAAGAAGAGUUAAUUCGAAUGCUAUGUUUAGAGCUCGGGCCAGACAAAAGCAGCAUCAGUCCUCGAAUGCGCUAUAGAGUGUUUUUGAUGAAUACUAAACUCUCUGAGGCGGAUGUGUGGAAGCACAUUCGGGAUAAGUGGGGAAAGCAAACAGAGUCGAAUAUUUUGGAUUUUGAACCCGAUGUAUUCAUGGCUGAGCUUGAGCGGCACUACGGAUUAAAAGAGACUUCGCAAACGCACUAUAACUUCUCGAAAGUGUGGUACCCUGCCGAUGAGCGAAUCUACUUUAGAGAUGUACUGCGUUUUCCUAGCAAUAGUUCAGAGGGGCGGUAUCGAACUCAAGUGCUUGCUUCUCGAAAUCAACGGGUGCCGCUGCUAAUGACCCCCAACGAGCGCCCAUUGCAGCCAUUAGAUCCACACAGUCGGAGCACAACUGAGAUCGAAAUACUUCUCGAUAAAUACAAACCUGAAUUUUUGCAAAUAAUACCCUCCAUUGCUGAGGCUAUGAACGCUGUGGUGUGCGGGAAUGAGUAUCUAUCAAACUGCAUUUCUCAGAACAUUCAGAAGCAUCAGUGGCACCACAUUGAGGGAAAUGAGCAAAAGAUAUAUAAUGCUUUUUCCGUUUUUAAUUCUACCGGCCGCUGCGAGCCCUACACAGCUUUUUUGAGCCAUAUUUCUGAGUUCACCUAUAUCUCACCGAGCGUUUUAGUUGCUGCUGUGAUUUAUAUUGACCGCUUGUGUUCGCGGUAUCAAAAACUAAUUAUCUCGCGUCAUAAUAUCGAGAAACUCUUCAUUUCGGCCUUGCGGGUAGCCAUCAAGGUGGUGGAUUUGCGUAGUUUGAAUAACCACAACUUCGCCCAGGCGUGCUCGUUAUCCACGAAGGAGUUGAACGUCAUGGAGGAGUGGAUGUUGAAGUUGAUGAACAUGGAUUUUUUUCUUUCCGGGGACGAGUUGUAUCGUUAUGUCCGUUUGCUCGACCCCCCGCUCCGGCGGAACCUGGUGCCGUCCCCGCUGGAUAUCAACCUCCCGGUGCUUCGCCAUUCCAGCUCCAGCACGAACAUCUCCAGCCCCAUACGGGCCAAGACGGAUCGCCAGAGCUCCUCCCAACUCCCCGAGCCCAUUUCCUACCCCUGUUCGACCCAUGGCCAUUUGCGUACCCGCAGCUCCUUCAUCGUGAACGGCCACGAAGCCCCCCCGCCGCGGACGUCCCACUCCAGCGGGGGGAUUAAUGGCUUGGCUUCCUUACCAGUGCCCCACACCCAACCCCGCGUGGUUCACCAAUCCGGCUACCACCUGACGGGGCAGUAA